GCCUGGCCACCAUCUUCCCAGUCGGAUGGAUGCAAACCCGCGACUAACCUCUCCUUCUCCCCCAAUUUAUCGAAACCCUCGCAUCAUUAUACCCAGCAACCAUUCUUGUCUUGUCAUUUUCCUUUCAGCCGGUGCCUUACGGAUCAAGAUGGCCCGGUUGAUACAGCUACCUACGCCUGUAUGCUAGACUCUUGCCAUUUCUCCAAUUUCGGCCAACAAGUCCAUGCUAACGCGGUUUAAAAAAAAAAAGGGUUCGCAGGCCACGAGAUGUUGUUGUUUUGACGAUGCGGUUCAACUGUUUGAGAAUAUGCCUCAGAGAAACUUGCACUCCUGGAUUGCUAUUCUUGACCUAUAUCUAUCUACAUGAUGAUGGCUUCUCUGAGGAAGCAUUUCCAUUGUUUGAGGAUUUGCUGCUGGAGGGUGUUGAGUUAGAGUUCUUUGUGUUUCUACUUUCUAGUGUUGUUGAGGAUUUGCACUGGUUAUGCUGGCGUGAGAUUGGGAGGCCAGCUGCAUGGGGUUGUUAUAAAGAAUGGCUUCGCGUCAAAUAUUUAUGUUGCAAAUUCAUUGAUAGUAUGUAUGGAAGACGUCGAAGCUUGGGUGAUGCAAAGAAGGUGUUUAAUCUCAUGAAAGAGAGGGAUUGCGUUUCUUGGAAUUCUGUUGUUAUGGCAUGUACCGUCAAUGGAGAGGUGCAUGAAGCAUUGGAGUUUUUGUAUAGAAUGUAAGCAGAAUGUAAUUUGGAGGCACGUGUUGUGUCUUGGGGUGCUAUUAUUGGUGGCCUUUCACAGGAUGGUUAUGAUGCUGUAAAGCAUGUUAGUGUCAGGGUUUGAGCCAAAUGCACAAACACUGGCAAGUGCUCUUCCCGUUUGUGCCAGAUUGCCAAUAAUAAGAACUAGGAAAGAGAUUCACGGCUUUCUCGGGAGACAUGAGCUUAUGCAUAACCCUUUUAUAGUCAAUGGGUUGGUAGAUUUGUUUAGGAGGUGCUGGGAUAUGGCAACUGCUAUGUCUCUAUUUUCUUCUUUAUUCUCUAUGAAAAGUGAGAUCUCCUAUAGUACAACAAUGGUCGUCAGUUAUUUUAAGAAGGGGGAAAUUUCAAGGGCUGGGGAUCUUUUUGAUCAGAUGGAACUUGAUGGAAAGAGGAAAGAAAAAGUAUCAUGGUACUCGAUGAUUUCAGGCUAUGUGAAUAACUUGACGUUUGCUGAGGCUUUUGCUAUGUUUCGAGAUUUAGUAAAUCAAG